AUGUUUGGAUGGAUCCAUGAAAGCUUUCGACAGCUUGUCAACAGAAAAUAUGGAAGGGAAGUAUGGCUGAAAAUUGUAGAAAUGGCAAAAUUCGAGGAAGGCACAGAAAGCGAAAUCGCUCACUACUACAAUGAUGUUGAAACAAUGAGGCUUGUAAAUUCUAUGGCAAAUAUUAUUGGAAUCCCUGUUGAAGAAGUUUGGGAGGCUUAUGGUGGCUUUCUUAUCCAGUUCACCAUGGAGACAGGAUGGGAUGAACUGUUGCGCGCGAUGGCAAGCGAUCUCGAGGGUUUUCUUGAUUCGCUCGAUUCCUUGCACUAUUUCAUUGACCACGUUGUGUACCAAACAAAAUUACGUGGUCCAUCAUUUCGAUGUGAAGCGCAUCCAGACGGAACGCUACUGCUCCAUUAUUACUCAAAGAGGAGUGGGCUCUACCCUAUCGUUAAAGGUGUGGUUCGAGAAGUAGCCCGUCGUAUAUACGAGACAGAAGUUAUAAUGAAAGUACAAGAGAGAAAGCAAGAGCAUCUAGAUGCAUUUGUAACGGAACAUGUGGUGUUCGUUAUUAGCCAAGUCGAAACUGGGAGUGGACAUCCUCCAAAGGCGAUCUCAAGUAAAAUGGAACAAUUUGACGCAAAUGUAGUGAGUGCAAAUGAAUUUGUUUUUUUAGGUGUAUUUGACAUAAGCUCUGACGAUUUCUCCAUUGCAUUCCCCUAUCACAUAUGCUUUGACAAAGAUCUAUUCGUUGAACAUUUUGGACACUAUAUUCGAAAUGCCUAUCCAAUGGCAAUUCGGCAGGAAACAAGAGUUUCAGAUAUAUUGGAGCUGGUGCAUCCAGAGGUGCCUCUUUCCUAUGAGUCAAUCCUUGCGUUCAAAAACAGUUUAUUUGUUUUUAAAAUGAGAGGGAUUGGGGAUAUAGUUCACCAGAAGAAAGAAGAAGUAAAGCCCAUUCUCCUCAAAGGUAUCUUCUAA